AUGAGUUUCCCUCCUCCAAAAUUCACCUUCACUAUCCCCUCCAUCUAUGAUAAGACCCAGCUCGACUGCCGCAUUUUUCUUCCUCGUGAAUUAAGUCGACUGGAACCUUCGUCCACAUGGUGCAGACGAGGGGCUAUAGUGGCUCAUCCAUAUGCCCCUCUCGGGGGAUGCUACGAUGACCCCGUGGUGGGGUUUGUGAGUGAAGAGCUGCUGAAGGCAGGAUAUAUUGUGGGAACAUUCAACUUCCGCGGAGCGGGUGAUUCGGAUGGACGAACUAGUUGGACAGCGAAACCUGAGCUGGCGGACUAUGUUUCAAUCUACUGUUUCCUUCUGUACUUUCUGCGCAUUCUGGAGACAGGAGGCCCUGAAGAGAAGCUCCAAGGCUCCUCAAUAAACCAACCUCUGCAGACAGACAUCAAAAGUGAAACGGAAGACCCCUCCAAAGGAAUUAAAAUCAUACUUGGGGGUUACUCAUAUGGAUCGUUGAUCGCCUCGCAUCUGCCGACGAUUGAUGUCAUUACCAACCUUUUCAAAAAGGUUCGCGUGGGCAGUGCGUUAUAUGAGAUAUGCAGUAUUGCAGAUAAAAUUUCUGUGCAAUGGAGAAAGACAUUCCGAAAGCAAAUGGGCAUAGAAAUCCCACGAGAUUCGGAUUCUUUUCAUAAUGAUGGUCAUGGAAACCCUCUCACGAAGGACUUUCUGACUCCAAUAUCGACGUCCUACCUCCUAGUCUCACCAAUAUUACCACCCAUCAGUCAAUUUCUAACAGUGUUCUCAACUAUGUCGCUGAAUGUCGGAUCCGAAACGUCGGCUCAAGGAAAACACAUCCCUUGUCCCAAACCGACGGACCAACUCCGUGCGCACCGGACUCUCGCUCUCUACGGCAACCAGGAUACAUUCACGUCAGCUAGAAAGUUACAGAAAUGGUCAGAGGAGCUUGCUAGGGGCCUCGACAGCAACUUUCGAUACCGAGAAAUUGAUAAAGCAGGCCAUUUUUGGAGAGAGGAUGGUGUCGAGGUGCAGGCAAGAAGUGCACUAAGGGACUGGCUGCAUCUUGGGGAGUGAGUUAGGCCGCCUCUCAUGCUGUUCAUCUGGAGCACAUUUGUUUGUCUCCCGGGCAAACAAUCAUAUCUUUUAAUAUCCAAUGCUCGUUUCCUGGGAACUUCCAGGUCACCGUCCAGCGAGAAUGUGAAACUUCAGAAGCUGUGACUAAUCCCUCUGGCCUGAAUAUAAGCAUUUGGCGAAAUAUAGGGCCAAGAGCCCUAUACCUCCUUUCAAAUCCUCCCAUACCACUUCUCUGUUUCCAGCUCGCAAUGAUUCUCACGAGAGGGGAUGUUGACUCAUCAAUGUACACAAUAGUUACCCGACUUUUCACAAC